UGCACUGUAAUCAACAUGGCGAACAGUAGGUUGCCGUGAAGAAGAGACGGACGUCAGAUAAACACUACAUUUUAGCAUUGAUUUCUUCUGUAAAUUCAACGUUAAGUGAAAUAGAGGCAAUCAUAUAACCAUGGAGAACACUAUAAACCCCGAAGUUGAAGUGAAAAAGCUUCAGGAUUUGGUCCGAAAGCUUGAAAAACAGAACGAACUGCUUCGCAGCAAAGCGGAUGCAAUCGGUAGCCCGACAUCCAAUGGAACUCUACCAUUGACGGAAGCUAACACGAAUCUAAAUUCUAAUGGAGACAUUAAAUCUGGAAAAAUAGGUGCGAAAAGGACAAACAAUUCCGAUAAAGGUCUUCUUGAUGCUGUUAAAGUAUUGGACACUAACUUAGGAGAUUCAGAUGAUGAUACUUGGCUGUAUACAUCACCAAUCAAGCCUGCGAGUCCAGAACAGAAGUGUGUUAGUCCCUAUGACUGGAUCAGACAAGACUUUGAACAUCCUACCAGAGAUCAGGAGUCUGCUAAGAAAUGUCUGCUUGCUAAGCUGGAUGAAGUCUCAAGAGCUAACAGAAAUAGCAUGGGACCCAGUGUGAUGGCAUUGCAACAACCUCAAAUUCCAAACCAAGGCAAUGCUGAUCCACUCAGAGGAAUAGAUAAACUUGAAACAUCUCCAAGGAGUCAAUCACCACCCCCAUCACAAACCCAGAGGAGAAGGACAAGUAAAGAAGAGAGGAUGGGAUUAGCUAAGCUUGAAGAUGUGACUGAUGUGCAGAUACUAGCGAGGAUGCAGGAAGAGAGUUUACGACAAGCGAUGAACAGUUCUCCUGCCAACUCUCCUAGAAGAAUAACAGUCUCCCCUGCCUCGUCAGAAAACGCCCUCCACAGAUCGGCCUCUCGUAGCUCAAGCGUUAGCAGCACGGAGGGAAAGAGUGAGGAUGGCGAGGAGGGUCAAAGGUCAAAUGUAGUCAGGAGGAGACCUUCAUUUGAGAGGAUACGGAAAGCAGGAGAAGGAGGAAGAAGAGAUGGUUUAUAUAGAAACAAUCCAGAUUACAGACCGGAAGAUAUGGAAGAAUGGGAGUACUCCAGACCCGUGAUUGGUAGACGAUUGUCUCAGGAGAAGAUUCGACGACCAAGCGGUGAAGGUAACGAAAGGAAAGAGUUAUCACCGCGAGGACCCCCAGAUGGUCGGAAUGGUGAUGCUAAACACAACGCUGUCAACAGACUCAGAGGAACAGAUGAACACUCCAAGAUUAAUGGUCUACAUAGGAGACACCACGAUGCACGAAAUGGGGAGCUUAAAGCACCCUCUAAAAAGGUUAUCGUCAGACGAAGUCCGUCGCUUGAAAGUCCUCAGAGAAGACAACAGAAAGAGGAUAGGCGUAGAUAUAGUUUUAGUCCUGGUGCGGCCAGGCAAGCCUUGAAUCAAAUGCUUAACGCUGAAGAUGAUGAGAUACAAGAUGAUGAGGGAGAUGAAAGUCUUGACAUCAUGGCUGAACUCCAAAGACCUACUAAUUUCUUUGCUGAGAAGUCACCGGGUCACCGAGGUAGCCUGCCUAACCUGAACAAUCGUACGCACGUGAUACAACCACCAGCACCCCACCCUACACCAUGUACACCACCCCAGACCCCUAUGAACAACGAGAGUCAAUAUCAACCUGAUAUGACGGGUGUAGACUCAGGGAGUAGAAUGAAACAACCUAGCAGCAUUCCUGUUAAUAGGGCGCCCUCUCCAAGGACGUUAAAGCAACCAUCACCCACCAAGCUAAGAGGUGCAUCACCCCAUCGUGGUAGCGGCAUUCCAGUAAGAGCUAGUCAAAUGGAUAAGAGUCAGAUUCCUAGACCUAGAUCAGCUGUUAUCCCCAAGAGCGGUAUACCAUCACCUAAUAAUAGAACGGCUGUUUCACCUCGAAGCUCAGUCAAAACAAGAGACGAUAGCUGGAGAGAAGGUUGCUAUUGACAACAUCUAACAGGAUUCUUCCUCCUCCUCCUAACACCUCAAGCUCCAAACCAAUGGAGAUGUGCCUAGUCUAGUCCAUCAUUUGGGAUUCAUCGUAUGUCAGCUAAAGCUUUAGGAACAAUGAAAACCAACUUUUCCCUACCGUGAAAAAAGUCUGGUGGAGGGUGAAGAUCGUACAGAGGAUGAACAAGUAAUGAACAGCUAAGGUGGGUAGUUGUUGUGGGGAGGACAGAGAUCCCGCAGCUGAUCGUGGAAGUAAUGAACUGCAAAGAAUGAUAGCAGGUUAGAUGCAACAGGAGGCGAAGCGAAUUCCCUAGACCUCAUGGAUGAAAAGGGAUCAUUUGGACCAAGAGUGAACUGACCUGAAGUGAAGAUUCUGGAUCUGAUGGUGGUUACUUCUAAAGGCCAGCUGGUUUAUAUGGAAGGAGUGAUGCACAAAUAUGAAACUAUAAAGGUUUUAUCUUCAUAAAGAAGGUGUUCUUUGUCACAGAGAACGGGACAGUGGCAGUGGAAUGUCAGGGCCUUGUGUCAUGUGGCAGCAACAAUGACUGAUGAUGAGCCAGUGAAAGGAACCGCUAGACUGCAUGUAGCCACAGAAUCAACUGCAAUUGUCAACAAUGUGGGUAUACAUGUAGUUGCUGCUUAUGCUGUGAUGGAUGUUCAAUGGUGGGUUAGGGUCGGGGGAAGGGGUUGUACAAUCAUUUGAUGAAUUAGGAGCCACACUCCUGUGCAAUGUGUGAAACGUCAACGCAGUUUCUGAUGAGAAUCUUGAAUUAAUCACAAGUGAACCUCUGGUAGUGUGUGACAGUUGAUGAUACGGGGAGUAAGCAAUGGCUGCUGUGAGGUUCCCUGGAUGCUAACCUUGUUGUUUGCCCAGCAGAACAGAUGCAUGGCCAACAAAUGGAGAACAUACAUUUUAAUGUCCUGACAUUUUUGUUGUUUUACUGCAUCUACAAAACACAUUCAGUACAUACAUUGUCUAAAUUAUGAAAAGUGAUACGUUGUUCCUUUAACCUGUCAUUAAAAAAAAAAAAUGUAUUCACGCCCUCCUCCU